GAAAGAACCUAAAACUGUAAUGCCCAGAACCACACUGCAUACUCCCACAACGCAGCAUGCUAUGUUUAGCGAAGAGAAGCAGACUGUGCCUACUCGUCUCUUCCUAAGCACCUGUAAAACUUGGGAGUCUAGCGUUUAUGAGGUACUCCUGUCUGCCGCAGCACCGGACACAUUUCUUCGUAUACCAAUCGAGGGUGGGUCUGAUUGUGGAAAAUUUUGUGUGGUUGGACCCGAAGUAAAUCCUUCCCGCCUGGUUUAUCAUCCCAUUUUGUCCGGCCCAAAGAAGACUGCUUCAAUUCUUCGACCUGGUGAUGUCAUUCUUGAAAUCGGCGACCACCAAGUUUCUGGUUACACUAAGCUUGACGCAAUUAAGGUGUGUGAAGCGCUGUCUUACUGCGAAGAACUCACAAACAGACCACGCGUACUGAUGAAACUUAUACCGCUGUCUUCGUUACCAAACAGUGACAGUCGUUUGGGCCCCUUCCUGUCAGCUGCAUUCACGGUUGGAUCUCCUGAAUAUCUUCUUCAGGAGGUUGUUCGGGAUAACAUUUACCAGCGUGUUGUACCCUGUACUACGCGUGCUCCGAGACAUGACGAGGUUAACGGUGUCCACUAUCAGUUUAUGGGAAUUGAACAAUUUCUGGCACUGGAAAAAGCCGGCCGUUUGCUGGAGAGUGGCACUUAUAAGGGUAAGUUCUAA